CAGGUUCGUUGUGAUAGGGGCUCCCCUUGCUCCCCUUGUCGCCUCUCUAGCCAGGCUUGUACCUUCACCGGGGCUGGACAGAAGCCGAAAGAGCCACGUCAAAGGAUACACGUCUCAGAGCAAUAUGAACAAAAGAUAGACUCCAUCGAGGAGCGAUUGAAAACCAUCGAAAGCCUGCUACUCGAAUCUAGGGUCAAGCCUGGUCAGGGGGGACAAGCCGCCUUGCCAAAUGUAUCAAUGCCGCUGGCACCAUCCCAUUCAUCCUCUGGAACCGUUUUCGACCAAGAUGAUAUCCCAGUUGCCACCGAGGGCUCUUCGUCGUUGCAGGCACACGCUGACAUGGCUCAAACGUUUGUCAGGGGCGUGGUGGACUUGAAGGAAGCUUGCGCGCAUAUUCUGUCGGCCGAUUUGAACACCGCCUCGGCACCGCUGCAAUGGCCGUCCCGCACACGCCAAAAUCCAAGUGAAUUGCCGUCGCCAGAAAUGCAGUCGUCCUCAUCUUAUCGUAGGAUGCCACUGCCACCCACAUGUGCCAUUGUGGACAUGUUGAGGAGAUUCAAGGAAGAGCCUCCUGUCAGCUUCCUUGUAUUACGAUGCUUCGUGUCCGUGGAUCGGUUCAUCAGCAUUUGUCGGAGAGUCUUUUUCGCAAUUGAUGACUAUUCGGACAAUGACUUUGUCAUAGCUACAUCCGGUCUAUACUACUUGUUCACAGAAAGCUUUCACACGUCAGCCUCCGAUCCAUUCCAUGAGAAGUACAUUGAGCAUAGCCGUCUUUGCAGGCAUGCCUUGGAGGCCGCUUUGAGCAACAUUGGGGUUUUCUUACCAGCCAGAAUGGAAAGUGUCCAAGCACUGGUCAUGGGCGCAUCACAUGCAAUUGAAACAUCAAAGCCUUGGCUUGCAUGGCGAUUGGCGGGACUAGCCAGCCACCUCUGCCUGACGAUGGGAUGGCAUGAUAAUGCCAUAGUAUCUGAAGGCGAUGAGGACGAGAGGAUCAUAAAGAUCAUGUUGUUUUGGCACGUAUAUAUCAUCGAGAGGGCUCUUUCCUUCCGUCUGGGGCGGCCCUCGGUGAUUCGUGAUUGUGACAUCACAGUUGUCAGCCAGCUUAACGAACGUCCUUUUCAUGACCCUUGGCCGGGCAUGUUUUCCUUCUGGGUUGGAAACGCCAACAUACAGGGGAAAGUAUAUGAGCGGCUCUAUAGCAAGGCAGCGCUUCUGGGGCCACAGACCUCGCUCUCUAGAAACUCGGAGGAGCUCAUGGCCGAGCUGGAAUCUCUUGGACGGCAGAGCCCCUACCUUUUCGCCACCACCGCCCCUGAAUCAUCCGAAACGACCCUGGAUAGAAUCCUGGCACUCUCUGACAAAGUCACGUAUUACUGCACAGCAACCUUGAUAUGCCGAGCCGAAACUUUGCAAGAUCAGUCCUUUACUUUUACUUUGGACUGUGUAAACUAUGCCAGACAGACCCUCCAGGCCCAUGAAGAAUGCAUGCGGCUAACUGCCGAGAACGAUCAUUACAGGUCCAUAUAUCUACAUUGGAGGAUUCUUCAGUUGCCCUUCAUUCCAUUCAUUGUGUUGUUUGGAAAUGUCAUCAAGACAUGUAAUACCGACGAUCUUUUUAUGCUUCAUGGCUUUGCAGAGUCAUUGCGAUCUUCAGCGACCAUAUCUCCUGCGGCAAAUAGGCUCCACCUUAUCAGUCGAGCUUUGUACGGGGUUGCUUGUUUCUACUUCAGCAAGCUUAUAUCGGAACAGCAGCGAGAUAAUUCACCAUUUAACGAUCUUGAUCACUGGCAGGCUGAAGCAGGAGAAGCAUUCACAUCUCUGGGAAACAACCCAAUGGAUUUAGGCGAGGACCUAGGGGCUUUACUCUAUGCCGAGAUGGAUGAGUGUUUUUUUGGCCCUCAACAAGUCCUGGGUUCUCUGCAGCUCCCAUUUCCCACAGAUCCUUCCUAA